CACGGUGGUCACCAUGUAGCUCUCAGACCUGCCCCUCCCCUUAUCCUUUCCAUCAACCACUUCAGAUUUAUCAAAUCUUUUAAUUGACGUAACCCCAUUACAGGGAUCAUUAAUCUUAUGUUUUUUUCCUUGUUUAGCCACAAUUUCAAGUAGAAGGUAGAAGGUAAAAGACGAGUGGUAUUGCACUUUCUAUUCAAUGUGUAUGAAUCCGGAGGGCCAUGUUAUUCAUAGACGUUUGUUUUGAAUUGAAGAAUCAUAAAAUCCAAGCGUAAAAGCAAGUAGACUAGAAGACAACGUCACUUACUAAAAGCACAGGGAGCGCCAACAAAGAGGCAAGAAGGAAUAAUAGAAAGAGCCAGGGCCAGAUAGAUACAUUAACCACAUAUGCCUGAGAGUAUGCCCACUUUCACUAGCUGAUUGGCUUGAAGCGGGGUCCUCUUCCCAAAUAAAAUAUCAAAUGCCUCCGCGUAAUACAGUGAUAGGUUAGGAAUGUCGCGUCCUGGCAUGCACCCACCCUAUUCAUUGCGUUCUUCUCCUGUUUUUUUCCCUAUAAAUACGACACACACCUCUCUCUCAUUUCAUAUACCAUACCUCCCAUCCUAAGAUACAAACCAAAACCUCUCUUUCCCACCCUUAAAGCCAUGGCCAUCUCCAAAACUCUCAUUGCUUCACUUCUCAUUUCUCUUCUUGUUUACCAGAUUACUGAGGCGGCGACCACCAGCGGCGACGGAGCGAGUUCUCCGACAGAGAAAAUGGAUUGCGGGGGAGCAUGCAGUGCGAGGUGUAGGCUGUCGUCGAGGCCAAAUCUGUGCAACAGGGCAUGUGGGACUUGCUGCGCUCGUUGCAACUGCGUCCCUCCAGGCACGUCUGGUAACCAAGAGAUCUGCCCCUGCUACGCCAACAUGACCACCCGUGGCAACGAACGCAAGUGCCCUUAAACCACUGCUUAUGGUGGAACCCAGCAGGUUGAAAUAAAGGGCUCUUUAAUAAUUAAUAAAUGAGUGUGAUAGAUUGUAUAUGGUCUGAGUGGCUUUCUCUUUCGGUGUGGGCUCUUACCAAUCGCUCUUGUUGUCUUCCUUCUACCAUACGUAAUAAUAAUUAGGCAUUUCUAUGGUUUGCAAUUCAAUCCCCGUAAACUUGUGUAAUGUAUUGAGUUGAGAAGAAAUAAGAAGUACUUUCCCUGUUAGUUUAA